AUAUAUAUAAAAGAUAUAGGAUAUUUUUAUAAAUAACGCAGAAAUAAUAAUAAUGAAAAAAUAAAUUUUAGAAUCAAUCUAGUUCGUCAACGCGCAUAAGUCCUGCGUAGUUGAUCGAACUCUUAUGUCGAAAAAAUGGCGCUCUCUUGUGCGAUCUCCAACGAAGUACCGGAACAUCCUGUUUUAUCUCCUGUAUCGGGUUCUAUAUUUGAAAAACGUCUCAUUGAGAAAUAUGUUACUGAAAAUGGAGUGGAUCCCAUCACUGGCAAAGAGUUGACCAUAGAUCAAUUAAUUGAUGUCAAAACGACUCCUAUUGUAAAACCUAAACCACCGAGUGCCACAUCUAUACCAGCUAUUUUAAAAAUACUGCAGGACGAAUGGGACGCUGUUAUGCUACAUUCAUUUACUCUUAGGCAACAAUUACAAACAGCUCGACAAGAAUUGUCUCAUGCUUUAUAUCAACAUGAUGCGGCUUGUCGAGUAAUUGCUAGAUUAACAAAAGAAGUUACAGCUGCCCGUGAGGCUUUGGCUACUCUUAAACCACAAGCUGGAAUUGUUCAAGCAACAGUUAUUCCACAACCGGCUGUAGCUGUAGAAGCCGGCGGUACAGCUGCUCAGCCAAUGGAACAAGCUGGUAUUACUGAUGAUGUUAUUCAAAAACUACAAGAAAGAGCAACGGUUCUCACUCAAGAAAGGAAACGUCGUGGACGUUCCAUUCCUGAAGAUCUUCUUCCUCAAGAUAGCAUCAGAGCGUUCCAAACUCUUGCAUCUCACCCUGGUCUCCAUUCUGCUAGUGUACCUGGAAUUUUGGCAUUGGACAUUCAUGGUGCAGAUACAAGUAAAAUUUUAACUGGUGGUGCUGAUAAAAAUGCAACUGUAUUUAAUAAGGAUACAGAACAAGUUGUUGCUAUCUUAAAAGGCCACACUAAGAAGGUAACUCGAGUAAUUUAUCAUCCCGAAGAAGAUAUAGUGAUGACUGCAUCACCUGAUACUACAAUUAGAGUAUGGAAUGUAGCAACGAGUCAAACGACUUUAUUACUGAAGGCUCAUGAUGCUCCAGUAACUGGAUUAUCAUUGCAUCCAACUGGAGAUUACCUAUUAAGUUCAUCAUUAGAUCAGCAUUGGGCAUUUUCUGAUAUUCGUACUGGAAGAUUAUUGACCAAGGUGGCUGGUCAAGCUGGUCAGCCAUUAACGACAGCACAAUUUCAUCCAGAUGGAUUAAUUUUCGGUACUGGUACGGCUGAUUCUCAAGUAAAAAUCUGGGAUUUGAAGGAACAAUCAAACGUGGCGAAUUUCCCUGGCCAUUCUGGUCCGAUCACAGCUAUUAGUUUCUCAGAAAAUGGUUAUUAUUUGGCUACAGCUGCUGAGGAUUCUUGUGUCAAACUUUGGGAUCUACGAAAAUUGAAAAAUUUCAAAACAUUACAAUUGGAGGAAUCUUAUGAAGUAAAGGACAUAUGUUUUGAUCAAAGCGGUACCUAUCUAGCUGUAGCUGGAACGGAUGUUAGAGUGUAUUUGUGUAAACAAUGGCAAGAAUUGAAAGUAUUGAAUGAUCAUACAGCAACAGCGACAGGUGUACGUUUUGGAAAACAUGCACAGUAUAUAGCAUCCACUAGUAUGGACAGAACAUUAAAACUUUAUGGUCUCCCUUAAAUCAAAUUUAUAGGAAUGUGACAAUUAUUUUAAGAACUUAUUGUAGACUUAUACAUUAUUUCUACAUGAGUUUAUUAAGACAUGCCCAAUACUAUUUUGUUUUGUUAGGCAUCGUCGAUUAAUUUAGAUUAUCUCUUAAUUUAAUAUACACUUCCUAUGUAUGGUAAUAGUUUAAAAAAAAUUUCGUGAUUGAAUGCGAUUAUAUAUAAUGACUUCUUUUGGAAGUAAUUAAAGGACAAUAUGAUUGAAAGAAAUAAUUUAAUAGGAUGUUCAACAAAAUA